AUGAUCGCACCGGCACUCCUGGUUAUGGCGCUCAGUCAAGAACGGGUGAUUGAAUCAACAUUGUAUCAAGCAGUGGCUAGUUCUGCAGAAUUCGUCGAUGAGGUCAAUGAAGAUGCAUGUAGUGAAGCACCAAGCACUAGCACAAGAUCAUACAGCCCGCUUGAACCUCGAGGUUCGUUCGCUUCUUGCCCUUCUUGCUCUUAUUUGCCCUUACUUAGGUCGGUGAGGCUUCUAAUGUAA